AUGAACCAAGUUCGUAACUGCCCCUACGUCAUCGCUCACAUCGCAAUCAAACAUACUUUACUACUCCCAAGACCUAAGAGCAUCAAUUAUCUCCACUUAGGGAACGCCUUCAGCAUGGGCGCACUGUUCUCCUCCAUUCUUGCGCCUAUCGCUCUGCCGCUGGGCUCAUUUUUAGCCAUUCCUAUGCUGUCUUCGUGGUCGACAGGCCUGAACCUCAUCUUCCUUUCAGUCGCAUGGACGACAAUCGCGGCGUCAUAUUCUCCUCUUCAACUUGAGCUGGUUGCACCACUAGUUCUACGGCUAUCUCUCUACAUCAUCCCUAGCCUGAUCUUCUUGCUAUUCGAUAUCGGAGUGCCCAGUCUAGCAGUUGAGUUCAAGUCGCAAGGACAAUGGGGCAUUCCAAGCAACCAGAAGGGAGGCGCAAGAGCGAUGAGGAGGGUUAUAGCAUGGAGCUGUGCGAACGUGCUGCUUGCUGUUGCACUACAGGCGGCCAUGGAGUUCUUGAUUACCGAUGUACUACGAAUGAGGAGUCUCCUGCUUAUCAAAGGUAGCAAGUGGGGGUUGAAUCACCUGCCCAACCCGUGGACGAUGGUCAAGCAUGGCAUUAUCGGGCUUUUAUCACGCAACAUCCUGCAAUACUAUGUCCACACACACGUGCUUCACUCGCCGACUGGCGGUGCACUCUCGAACUUGCAUCAGAGCUGGCACCAUAGCAUCAAGAUUCCAUACUCCUUUGCUGCAAACUACGACCACCCCAUCUGCCACCUCUUGCACCGCUUCCUACCCCUUUACCUUCCGGCAAUUGCUUUACGCAUGCAUAUCCUUACCUAUUUGAUUCUGGUCGCUGUUUUCAGCUUAGAGGAGACAUUUGUGUACUCGGGAUAUAAUGUUCUACCUUCGACCAUCAUGUUGCGAGGUAUGGCGCGACGUGCCGAUGCGCACAUGAUGAGUGAGGGAGAGGGUAAUUAUGGAUGUCUGGGUGUCUUGGACUGGUGCCACGGCACGACACUGGGCAAGGAUGUUGUUGAGGACCUCAAGGCAGAGAUGGAGAAGCAUAACGUGGAGGGCAAGGCGGGGAAGGCUAUAGACGGCGCGGGGGACGCAGCGAACGGGCUAGCGGGCAAGUUUGGCAGGGCUAGAAAAGGGAGAGGAAAGAAGUAA